AUGGUGAACGGAGUUUGCCACCUGGAGGGAGGUGGUGGUGCCUGGCAUAUGAAAAACAUCCUUUCCGACAAGACGUCGCCACCGUCUGCAGCACCAGGUGCUGCCGCUUCGGGCUUUCUCACCGACAUGAAGCAGCAGUCACCGGCGAAUCAACAGCAGCUGGACUUGAAUCCCCAUCCUGCGAUGAACGGUGCCGAAGGUUACUCCUUCCACCACCAUCAACUUCACCACCAGACUGGUCCAGGUGCCAACGCAGGCCAUCCUCCCCCACCGCCGCCUCCUCCCCCUCUUCCUCCGCCCCCUCCUCUACUGGAACCUGCUCAGCAAUUGCCCACGAUGUCACAGCCUGUGCUUCCACCUAGUCUUCGUGAAUCCGAACGAAUGCAGUCGGUGGAGCGGUGGAUCAACAGCAUCCCGCUGGACGCCCCGGUCUAUGCACAGACGUCGCUCACGCAGCUCGUGCCCAUCUCCGACCCCAAGUCCUUCCCCGACGAACUCUCCGUCUCCGACCACACGCCAACCCGUGGCGACGCCAAUGUCCCCAGCACUAGUGGCGGUACUGGUGGUGAUGGUGGUGAGAACUCCCGAGGUACGCAUAUUCCCCAUCAUUCCCUAAAGUGUCGAUUUGUAGGUGGAGUGAGUUACGAGUACCACUCGCAGCAGCAGCAGUCGCAGGCAGGCUACGCCAGCUGUGGUGGUGGUGGUGGCGGUGCGGGUGUGGCAAGCCGAGGCAACACGACGACGGCCUCGAGUGGAAACCACCUACCGCCACCUCCUCCCCCUGGCGGCGGCGGUGGUGGCAGCAACUACCAAUCGCCUGCCCGCACUGGGCCCUACCAUGGCGCUACACCUCUUCCCUCCCCUCCGCCUGCGCAUAAUCAGCGAAUCAGAGACAGAUCUUUCAUGCGAGGCCCUCCCAAUCGCUUCUUCGAUGACUAUGAGACACAAUUUGUUGUCAAGGUGCGUAAAUCUAUCAAUGCGUUUGCCUAA